AUGACUCGGAAUCUGCACCUACCCCUUUCGCUCCCCGCCUCAGGGCAAAGCGAGUUUGCGCGCUUCUCGUCGCGGCGUUCUACCGUCUACUCCGCCAGAGGGAUGGUCUCGGCAUCGCAACCUUAUGCAUGUGAAGCCGGUCUUGCAAUCCUCCGUCAGGGAGGUAAUGCCGCUGAUGCUGCGGUGGCUGUUUCGGCGGCGUUGAACGUCACCGAACCGGGGUCGUGUGGGAUCGGUGGUGAUGCGUUUUGCCUCUGGUACGAUGCCAAGACCAAGCAGGUCAAGGGGCUGAACGGGAGUGGGAGGGCACCCCAGGCCUUGACCUUGGAAGGACUGAGGAAGAAGGGCAUCAAGGGUGCCGAGAUCCUGCUGGGCAACCUUAACGCGUGAGUGAGCUCUUCUCCGGAGAUCGCCGCGGACUAUGCUCUGAGGAACUGGGUUCUAGGCGGGGCUAUUCUGAUCUGACGUGUCUUGAAUAUACAGCGUCACUGUUCCGGGUUGUGCUGCUGCGUGGAUUGAUACUAUCGAGCUCUAUGGCUCGGGGAAGAUCACCAUAAAGGAGGCGCUCGAGCCGGCGAUCAAAAUGGCCGAAGAAGGGCAAGUCUUUGCUCGUUAUAGCUGUGCCCUAGGUGCUCUCGUACUAAAUCUCUAGCAUCGUGCUUUCCUGAACUAUAGAGUUCCCAUCUCCUCCAUCUCGGCACAUCAGUGGCAUCACGCUUACCGGCACCUGGUUCGAGCCUCUCCGAACAGUGCCGAGAUGCUCAUCACGGACCCCGAUACGAAACAAACCCAUGCACCGCGAGCAGGCGAAAUCUACAAGAACCCCACUCUUGCCCAAAACUUCCGUGAGCUCAUCAAUACUGGAAAGGACGGUUUCUACAAAGGCCGUAUCGCCCAAGCAAUCGUCGACAUCAUCAAGGACGGCGGCGGAGAAAUGACUCUUGAGGAUCUCAGUUCUCAUACGAGUACCCAGGUCGAUCCCAUUUCCAUAUCGUACGGGGGCGACGAUGGGAUCAAACUUUGGGAGAUACCUCCCAACGGACAAGGAAUCGUUGCACUCAUUGCUCUGGGUAUCGUCGACGUCUUGCAAGACACGGGUAAGGUCGACAUGUCUAAAGCGGACCACAACUCGCCCGAGUGGCUUCACGUCAUCAUCGAGGCCCUUCGUCUAGCCUUUGCAGACGCUCGAGCCUUCGUCGCCGAUCCGGAAAAGACGCGAGUCCCUAUCAAGGAGUUGCUGAGCAAGGACUAUCUCACCCAACGUGCGGCCUUGUUCGAUCCCGAGAAGGCGAACCCCAUCAUCAAAAAAGGUGCCCCUUUCGCCUCGAGCGACACGGUGCAAUUCAGCGUUGCGGAUGCCGAAGGAAACGCAAUGUCGUACAUUCAGUCCAACUAUGCAGGAUUUGGUACAUCCGCCGUCCCCAAGGGGUGCGGUUUUACUCUGCAGAACAGAGGUAGCAGUUUCACGCUCGUCGAGGGUCAUCCCAACUGCGCCGAGGUAGGGAGCAAACUCUGCCCUGGCCGGGGGAAAUGAAGACCGGCCCAGCUAAUUCUUGACACUGACUGCACAGGGCGGGAAACGACCUUACCACACCAUCAUCCCCGCCCUCGUAACCCGAGGAAACAAAGAAGGCCAAGACUUGGACCUUUUCAUGGCGUUUGGCGUGAUGGGGGGCUUCAAUCAACCCCAAGGCCAACUCCAAGUCCUGCUCAACAUGCUCCACCACGGCCACGAUCCGCAAGAAGCGAUCGAUGCACCGAGGAUCUGCAUCGGUGCAGGUCUACCGGACUCGAGUGUCAACCCUGAGGAUGCGGGGGAUAUCAAUUCCGAAGUCUUCCUUGAACAUGGGAUUCCCGAGGCAACAUUCGACAAGCUCAAGGAGAUGGGGCAUGAUGUGAGAUUGCUCAAGGGGCACGAUCGGGCCAUGUUUGGUCGGGGUCAGGUCAGUCCUUCGAAUCGCUUUAUCCUGGGGCCACAAAUCAUUUAUGCAGGAACUAAUGCUAGCUCUUGCUUCGCUGUCCACCUCUGACAGAUCAUUCAAAAGCUCUCGAAUGGGGUUUGGGCCGGGGGCUCGGACCCGAGAGCGGACGGACAUGCCGUGCCGCAGUUGUGAUAUUAUUACUUGGCUUAACUUUUACUAUAAUUUACGCCAUUGUGGUUUCUUCCCCUCUGUCAUACCCUAAAUAAUCGAAACGGUUUGUUCGCGAGUCGGUCGACGUCCACGGAUCUCGAUCUUGCUUCACUUUUGGGAGUCGCCGGUCUCGCCUACGGCUUCCAGGAAACCUUGCCACUCUUCAUCGGGCAUGGGGUACCCAUGUUCCUCCUCGACGGGGAAGGAGCGCUCCCUGACCUCGGACACGUAUUGACGGAUCGCUUGCGUCGCUUGAGGUUCCCAUUCGGCGUACUUUUUCAAGAACCUGGGCCCCUUGGCGAGCGAAGAUACACCUAACAUGUCGAGUUGGACCAAAACCUGUCCGUCGCAGUCUUUGCCUCCUCCGAUGCCGAUCGUAGGGACGUGAAGACGUUGCGAGAUGAAGGCUGCGAGACGGGAGGGUACGGCCUCGAUGACUAUGGCAAAGGCGCCCGCGGCUUGAAUGGCCAAAGCGUCUUGGUAGACCUUCAACGCAGAGGAGACGGUCUUGCCCUGCACUCGAUAGCCCGACAACGAGGCUUGUCUUUGCGGGGUCAAACCAACGUGACCCAUGACGGGGAUUCCUCGCGAGGCGAGGCGCUGGACCAAAUCCGCGACCUCUUGGCCGCCUUCCAACUUGACGGCAUCCAUCUGCCCUUCUUGGAUCAAACGGACUGCACUCUGACUGCAUUGCUCGGGCGAGGUGUGGAAGGUGCCAAAGGGGAGAUCCGCGACGAGUAAGGACGAGUGGCAACCCCGCGCGACGGAUCGGCAGUGGUAAAGCAUUUCGUCGAGCGAGAGGUCGGUCGUGGAUGGGUACCCGCAUGCGACCAUGGCGAGGGAGUCGCCGACAAGACACACAUCGAUUCCUCGAGGUGAAGUGGUUACCGAGGAUGUGGUGCCGGGCUCUGCCGACGAAGAACUAGGGGUUGGUGCAUGGGACGACUCGAUGAAGCGCGCCGAAGAAUAG